AUGAGCAUCAAAUUAAACUCAGGCCACUCCAUGCCACUCGUUGGCUUUGGUUGCUGGAAACUUAGCAACAAUCUCGCUGCUGACCAAGUCUACAACGCCAUCAAGGUUGGAUACAGAUUAUUCGACGAGGCACAAGACUACGGCAACGAAAAAGAAGUUGGAGAGGGAAUCAACCGCGCAAUUAAAGAAGGUAUCGUCUCGCGUGACGAGCUAUUCAUUACCUCCAAGUUGUGGAACUCGUUCCAUGACCCAAAACACGUAGAAUACGCUUUGGACAGGGUAUUGAGCGACUUGAACUUGAACUACCUCGACUUGUUCUUGAUUCAUUUCCCAAUUGCCCAGAAAUUCGUCCCAAUUGACGAGAAAUACCCACCAGGCUUCUACUGUGGAGAUGGCAACAAGUUCCAUUUCGAAGACGUUCCACUUUUGGAUACCUGGAAGGCAAUGGAGAAGCUUGUUGAAAAGGGCAAAGUCAGAUCCAUUGGUAUCUCCAACUUUAGUGGUGCAUUGAUCCAAGACUUGCUUAGAGGCGCAAAGAUCCCACCAGCCGUCUUGCAAAUCGAGCACCAUCCAUACUUGCAACAAGAUAGAUUGAUCCAAUGGGUACAGAGCAAAGGUAUUGCCAUCACCGCAUACUCAUCAUUUGGCCCACAGUCAUUUAUCGAAUUGGAAAGCAAAAAGGCAAUUGACACUCCAACAUUAUUCGAAAACAAUGCAAUCAAAAAGAUUGCUGACAAACACGGCAAGUCGCCAGCACAAGUCUUGUUGAGAUGGGCAACACAGCGAGACAUUGCUGUUAUCCCCAAAUCCAACAACCCAGACCGUGCAUUGCAAAACUUGAAUGUGGCUGAGUUUACUUUGGACGAUGAAGAUGUUCAAGAGAUAAAGAAGUUGGACAAGGAGUUGAGAUUCAACGACCCUUGGGAAUGGAAUAAUGAGCAUAUCCCAACUUUUAUCUAG